AUGCAAAGCGUCUAAGCAUCAGAUACAUUGCUAACUAUUCUUGUUCUGCUUAAUGUGGUAUACCCACUUAUUGAUAGGACAGCAGCAUACUUUGGAAUCGCUAGUUCACUAUUCAGCACUUUUCUUGUUUUGAGAGAUCCAGAUGAUUAUGCCGCUAACCCUAAGCUUACAAAUACUCUGUUGGUAAUCCAAAAUAUCGGUAAUACUUUUCAUACAGUAUCAGUUAUCUUAAUGGCAGUAAUGUAUGUUGGUAUUGAGAUCCUCAUGCUCGCUGGGGGUGUGAAUGAGUUAACCUUGAUCACUUGGUCACUCUUGUUUGGAUUUAGAACCCUGGCUAACUUACUAUCAGGGUAUCUUCCUAAUCGUUUGACUUUGAAUUAUUUAAACAAGUUAAUCUGA